CUUCCAUUUAAUUUCUGAAUUGUUACUGUAUUUUCAUUGUAUUGUAGAUACUUUAGUAACUAGUAUUGCAACUACAGUCAAGUGAAGAAAACCAUGGGAAACGAAACAGCUGCGGAUAUUACUGAUGAAUAUCAGGAUAUUCGAAAGUUUGCAUUAUUUGCUGGAGUAGCAGCUGUGAUAGUUCUGUAUAUCCAACUGCUGCAGAAUCGUAAAUAUUGGAUUAACAUGGAAGUUUGCCUUGGUGUAAUGUAUGCCCUCUCUUUUCCAUUUUCUGGAGUGCUUUCCCCAUACUUCAUGAGAGAAUCUGAUGCACUGACUAUUUACAUGUGUCGACUUCUGAUCAUUUCUUUUGUUGCUCAAGCUUCGGCAGUCUACUUGACACAAGAAUCAUCAGAUCGUACUGUACCAGUCGCUGUUUCAAUUACAAAUAUAUUGGGACGUGGUCCUCUUCUCAUGACUUAUUUCGUGGCUAUAUAUACAGACACGUUCAAUGUAAAUCACGAAAUAUCAGCUUAUAUUGAUACAGCACAGACUGCGUUGUUGCUCUUCGGUGAUAUAUAUUUCAUGGCAAAAACCAAAACAAGACAAUACAGAAGUAGAACUGUUGGAGAUCCGAUCAGUUUUCAUCUGUCCAUAGAUGCUCUUCUUACAUUUUUCAUAGGGUCACUGGCACUCGGAUUUCCAGAUAUGUUCUGCUCCUUGGUGAGUCGUGGAUUUCAGUUGCGUGAGUGUCAUUUCUUCACUCUGAGGGGAGUUGCUGUUUUGAUUCUCUCUGGUUCAAUGUUGUCGUUUGCAUCACUUUGCUACAGAGAUGAUAAAGAUGCCGUGAAUACUCUGAAAAUUAAGCUUGUGGUUUACCUCCCAGCUUUGCUCAAUGCUCUUACAAACAUGCUCAUAGAUAGCCACUUCCGCACCUAUGGACAUGCUGCUAUCAUGGUGGGAGUAAUGGGUGGACUGGCCAUAAAUGCCGGUUCCGUUGUCUACAGACAUGGAAAAGAAGAUUAAUUGAUUUUCCUCUUCAACAUAUUUUUUUCUUUGAAGGCAGCAAUUUUUUGCAAACUUGAAUUUUUUUAAAUUCUUUGGAACAAAUACAUCAUCACAGACAUAUUUUUCAUGUUGUGUCUACUCCGAAACAAUCAUGUUUGCUGCUAUUUGAUAUGAUAAAAAUUUGCAUAACAUUUUUGUCUACCUUUAUCAAUUUAAAAUGUAUACAACUUGAUACAUGAUACUGCUUUGUUUGUUAUAUGCUAGGAAUUUGUAGUAAAAUGGACCAAAUAUCCCUUUUAUGGGAUAUAUAGUUUUCCUGUUAUCUUAUCAUGUUAACUUUUAUGUACUCUAUAGUUAAGUGUUCACUGGAUAAAUUAAAUCAUUAAAAUUUAGAGAAGGUGUGAAAAUGCCCUAUCCAACAGUUAUGUAUUCUUAUUUCUUGUUGCAUUUGAUAAUUUUAUUAAAUCAUAUGAGACAUGACAAUUCAUUUCACUUUAGGUAUUAUUUAUACAUAAAUUAGAUACUGAAAGUUUGAAGUUUCCAAUAGAAAACAGCUGAAACAGUGCCAUGAAUACGUUAUUAACAUUAUUUGAAUUGUUUUGUUUUCAAUCAGGGCCAAAUUUUAUAGCAAAUUAUUUUGUUUCCAAUCUUUCAUAAUUCAAAAUUUCACUUGAAUUAAUGGCACACAUGGUACAUACAUAUCAUGCAUAUCCGUUUCAUUCAUGUUAUGUUGUAUAUUACUAGGAUUUUGCUGGAGAUUUGAUGAAAAAUUCAUUUUCAUGUUGUUCACAAAGUUAGAUAAUUUUGUAAUGUUGACUUGAACGAAAUUUUUUUAAUACUAUUUUAGCUGUAAUGAAAUGGCUCAUUUUUAACAUUUAAUAAAGGAGGGAGUUUCUGCCUGAAAGUACAGCCAAUUUUACUAAUAAAAUAUAGUUAGUUAAAUAAUAAUACAAGAAGUUCAAAUUUGAAAACCGUUAUUUUGUGUAAAUCCAUGAUUUUUGUAUUGUUGUAUUAUUCUUUUAACAUUCAGCACCGAUGAAAUUAUUUUUAAGGAGAUUUGUUUCAUUUUAUAACUAACUAAUCAUUGUUCAAAAACAUUUUUUACAAAUAGUAUCAGGUUUUGAUUAUGCACCUAUUUUGUAUUUUUGUAAAAAAUAUUGUCAACCAACAUUUGCUGCCAAUUGUCCUUUUGUAACGUUUAAAAAAAUGAUUUUGCCAUGUUUUGGUACUCUACACUGAUUUCAGUUUGUUAAAUUUUAGAUUUUUUUAGUAUAAUCAUAAACCCAAAUAACCCAAGGUAUCUUCUAGUACAGUAGUAAUCAUUUUCUAAUUGAAUUGUAUUACAGA